CUUUUCUUUACCUCUCGCACGAACCUUCUAGCUAGUAGACAUCUUUACUUUAUAACCGAAGUACACAGGUAGGUACAAGAAGCUACUCAACACAAGAGCCUCUACAAUAUGCUAACUUAAAUUAUAGAACAAAACAAUAAUCAUGUCCUCCAGUGUCUGGCUUGACGAGAAGAAUCAUUCCGUGGAAGGCCACAUUUACGCUGGCACCCUCUAGUUCCAGGGUAAAAAGAUUUGGGAAAGAUCUUGCAACGACAACACGAUCCAGUUAGGCGAUGCCAUCCAUAAGCUUGAUUCCCGCUUUAGCAUGAAUUUUGCGUCAAAGUCAAAAACAAUUGAAGGACACACAAAGUACAUUAGCGUUAAGGUGGGAGACAAUGUUGUUCUGGACAAACCCAGUACUCAUGACAACAUGCACGAUUUUGUUGUCUCUGUUACUGCUAUUCUGGCCACACUUGGCUAGUCGGGGAGGGGAGGCACAGUCUUAGUCAUGGGAGAGGUCGAUCAACAUGACUCGACUGGACAGCUCAUAGAUGCUAUCAACAAUGCAUCAUGGAAUAUCUUUUUGAGCCACAGCAGGUGUUGGAGAGAUGGCUGGGGGUAGCUGUGGGCUAUUUAAGUAGCAAGCGCUGAAUCCGAUUGAAAUUGAUUCAAGGGAACUUCUGCUCAACUACAUAUCGUACGAAUUCAAUCUCUAACCGGU